GUACAAGGGACGGACCAUUAGAGAGAAUCGGAAAUCUGUAGAUUCGUACCGGACAGGUACAAAUGCAACGGGGGGUAUAUAAGGGUUGAACGAGGGUGAGUUUUCUUGUUAGUUCCGAAUUCUUGCUGAAAGAAAGAGCAUCAACCGUUUUGGCAAGUGACGCGUAAGUACGAGGCUUCACCGAGAUCGGCUUCAUACUUAGAUUUGAAUUUAAGAAUAAGAGAAUUGCGUAAUUGCAAUUUAACUAUUAAAUAAUAUAUCCGAUUUGACAAUUGACUAUUCGUUUAUGAUUCUCUGCCUAUUUUUACUUCUUUUUCCUUUGCAGGCAAUCCUCAGACGGAUUUUCGACAAUUCGACAAAGCAAAAAAGGGAAAUGCAGCGUAUCGUGAUCGUUUUGACUCUCCUUGCCUGCGUGGCAUCCGUCCACCCGGACUCGCCAGAUUUUGAGACUAAAAAGAAGCAAUCGACGAACGGGAGAGCACCGACUAAUACGGCUAAAAGGAUUGAUCUACCUGCGUCGAAUGAUAAUAAUUCUCUACUGUUUUGGUAUCCGUUUUCAACUUUUUCGGACUACGCAAGCAAUGCGGAGCCUAAACACGAAAGCCCGAAAGCGUUGGUCCUGCAGAAGACCGUUCCGUGGACACCCGUGAACAUUGUUUCCAGCCUGAUGCCCAUCGUCGAUAGUCUGACCCUCUACACCAGUCGCGCUGCCAUCAUCCUGCUGGAAAUGCUGAUGGUAGCGUUUCUGGGAGCGGGUAUUACCAGCCUGGUCUGUACGUACACGACCGUUUGCAGCGUCCUGGGAUUCAACGGUGAUGUGAAGGAAUUAGCCCGCCUAUUUAUCACGCCGGAGAGGCUGGCAGCCACUUCCUUAAUGGUCAGCAAAGCAAUUGACAAAUAUAGCGCUAUAGAAAUCGCGAAGGAAACCAAUGUUAACGAGGACGUGACAGAAGAAGAAGAAGAGUUAACGGAAGAGUCGACAACCCAGGCUUGUUGAUUUAUUAAAUCUUCAAUGACAUCACCGAAGUCCUUAUCAUCCCGUAUCCUGAAUUCGAUGACGUUUGCAAAUAGUACGAUGAUAUCACUUCGUCAUCGGAAUUUCUC